AUGGAGCUACAGUCCAACUUGGCGUCCUCGACUGGCCAGGAGGAGCUAAUCUGCAGGUCAGUGAUGUCUUAUUGGGAUAACUAUUCUAGUCUUAAAGACCUAUCUCUCGCCCCGCCCCCAUAUCUGCUCCGGGCCAAAUACCGUAAGCACAAAAAACUAAUGCUACUAAAACUCCAACAUCUUGAACGCGUGCAUGGGUUUGUCAACAGUGCAUCGCUCCAACUUCCACGUAUUCCUAGUAGUGAAAAUGAAGAUCUGUUGGUCUGUUGUACUUGGGAAAGGGUCUUUUGACUACGGAAAAUGUGUUCCCCGUUGAGCCUAGUUUCGUUCAUACAUAGUAGAGUCCGUGAAUGGGGAGCGAGUUUUAAAAAAAAAAAAGAAAAGGUAGUAGAACCAUUCCGAGAUAUAUUUAAUAAGACGGUACCAUGUAAACACAGCUAUGUGACAUCUCUCCGCUACGGAAGAGCACUGUGUCAAACGAAAGGGGGAAAGUCUGUUCGAGCGGUAUCUUCAUCGAUAGAGAACCACGCACGCGCUCUACAGGAGGUGCUGCACUCGCCCUUACAAAGUCUAAGAUGAGGAUCCUUCAAAGGGAACAUAACCGGUUAGUACGUUCGUCGAAUGUUUAUGAACUGAGGUGAAUUUUCGUACGGUAUACAGGUUAGACAGCGCUUCGCGGAGCCAGAUAUCCCAGCCCCUAUGAUGAAUUGUGGAUUCCUAUGUAAUUAAUAGGUUAUUGGCCCUGUUUCAACAAAAUAAAUAAUAAAUAAACAUAUAUAUCUCAAAUAGACAUUAGAACGCGACAUGACGUCACAUGCGCAUAUGCACAUUGCAAACUACUAAAUUUAGCUUAACGAAAUAGUGAGCUAAUCUAUCUAUAUAUAUAAUUCGCCAGCAAAGGUCAAACACCACCACGCAGGCUGUUUAUAGAUACGCCAGAGUGUGGUUAAAUAAUGAGUUCACGAGCGCGCAAAAUAUAAUACCCGAUAACUACCCUAAAGGAUAUAUAUCUAUUUUUAAUAACGCAAUUGCGUUUGGUGCGUACUUUUUUCUUUUCGAAAAUGAAAUCGUCUCAAUUUAAGAAUUAUUUUAAAAAAUAUUCGGUUUACAAGUGGUUUGGACAUGAGAAUACAAAUAUAGUUCAUGGGCGUGAAAUAAAAAGUGUGCAGUGACGUAUCUUGAAAAGGGGGAGGGGAGAGGUGUAGCAAAAUUUGGCAUUCCUAAAUGUGCGUAACUUGAGUUCACGUUUUUGUCAAGUAACUUUACUAGAUGGUUCACGCAUUGCUGGCACCAAUGUUUGGCGGGUACAUCUAGUCUCUUCUAUAUUUUGCUUGUGUGGUGUGACUGCUUUGAUUUCCCGAUAGCACGCAAAAUAUAAUUUCCUUGACUACGCUAAACAUUUUUUUUUUUAAAUUGAGGCAACUGCGAUUGGUGCGCAAUAUUUUCUUUUCUUUUCGGAAAAUGAAAUCGUCACAAUGUCAUCAGUCAUCCAACAUCCAUCACCCCAAGUCCUGUGAUGACGUGUGGCGACGAAGCCACAGGUGUUGUACACUUAGAGUCGUAGUUGCAAGCCUGCACACAGGUGACUCAGGCUAUAGGUUCGCUCUUCACAGACUGAAGCAGAAGGGAAGUUCGGCAAUCACCCUAGUGUCCGAGCAGCCCUAUUCAGUUCAGCACUGCUCACCUCCAUGCACGAGGAAGGAACUAGAAAUGUGCCCUAAACAUUGCUUGCUCCUUUACGCCCUGGCCGGCUAACCAUGUUUGGUGGGGACCCAAUUUUGCGGUGAAAAAACAAAGGUAAAGUAUAUUUUACUUAAAAUUGCCAUAUGGAACAUCCGCAGACUGCUCGAAACGGACUAUUCAAACAGACUUCAACGACGCAACGCUCAUUGCCCAUGAACUUGCCAGAUACUAAAUAGACAUUUCCGCCCUCAGUGAAAACCAACUCUCUGGCAAAGGUGAACUCACAGAAAGGCUUGCUGGCUAUUCUUUCUUCUGGAGCGGACGUAACCUUGACGCGAGGCGAGAAGCUGGAGUUGGCUUUUGCCAUCAAAACCUCUUUUGCGAGCAAGCUCUCCAGCUCUCCAAAAGGUAUCAAUGAACUUCUUCUGAUGAUGAAACUCCCCCUCUGCCAUGGAAAGAAUGCUACCACCUUAGUCAGUGCCUAUGCACCCACCAUGACAAAACAUAGAAGAGACCAUAGAUAAGGUAUCUAAACACUGCCAUCUCCCCCACUCCGACUGCUGACAAACUCAUCAUUCUUGGAGAUUUGAAUGCACGUGUCGGCAGUGACUACAUCACCUGUGGGGUGUGAGGAAUGAUGGAGAAAUAUGCAACAGCAACGGUCUACUGCUACUUCAGACCUGUGCUGAACACGGCCUUCUAAUAACAAAACCACCUUAAGCCUCCCUUCGCGCAACAGGACCUCCUGGAUGCACUCCCCUUUCAAAACAAGGGCACUUAAUAGAUUAUGCCAUAUUCUAAAGCAGGGACCAGCAGGACGUGAGGGAGACUAAGGCCAUGUGCGGUACAGAAUGCUGGACGGAUCACCGCCUCAUCCUAUCAAAUAUGAAAAUCCACAUCCAACCUAAGAGACGACCUCAGGUCACCAAAGCUCAGAAACACCUCAACAUCAGUAGGCUGAAGACUCCUGGUGUGAGACAGACCUUUGUUGACAACCUGGAUGAACGCCUUUAUACCAUUGGUAACCUGCCUCAGGAAACGCCUUGGCAUCAGGUGGCAAGACAAAGUGCCUGACACCGAGGUCCUCACUAGAGCGAAUCUACCCUAGCAUCGUCACCAUCAUGAUGCAGUCUCAACUCCGUUGGAUGGGACACGUAGACCGUAUGGAAAACAACCGGCUCCCUAAUCAGAUAUUCUUCGGAGAACUCAAGAUAGGAAAGCGCUCACAGGGAGGUCAAAGAAAGCGUUACAAGGACACACUGAAAGCGGCACUAAAGGCCGUCAGCAUCAACCCCAUUGAAGGAGUGCAGACAGCCCCAGGACAGAACCAGGUGGAGAUCAGCUGUCAAGAAGGGGGCUCAAUCUCAUGCAGCCAGUAGGAUAACCUCAGUUGAGACACGCAGGCUAGCUCGAAAGAGCAACAUUAGAAUACCGACCGCAGAAUCUAUCCCCUGCCCGCGAUGCCAGAGACCAGUGCAAGUCCAGAUUGGACUAGCAAGCCACCUAAGAACUCACCAACCAUGAACUACCCAUCCCCCACCCCAAACUGGAUGACUCGAUGGUCCUAGUCGAUAUUAAUGGACGAACAAUGGUGUGAUAAAUAUUCGGUUAAAAAGUGGUUGGGACAUCAGACUAUAUAUAGUUCAUGGGCGUGAAAAAAGUGUGUGAUGUGUCGUAUCAUGGGGAAAACGGGUGUAGCAAAAAUUGGGAUUCUUAAGUGUGCGUUACUUGAGUUCAUGUUUUGUCAAGUAAAUUCAGUAAAUGGGAAGUUCACUAUUGCUGACGCCAAUGUUUCAGUGACAUUGUAUAAUAAUUUGAUAGUUAAUUAAAAAAAUUAGUGUGGUGGGAGGGGGGGUUAAAGGUAAAUUUGGACUUGGAACGAACAGUAUCCUUGACCCCUAUGGUCAGCUAGUUUGUGGUGUAAAGGUCAUAUCCAUUUGCUUUUGGAUUGUAUUACCUGGGUGAAUGGGUAGCUAGAAGUUUGUGACGUCAGUGCGGUGAGUGAAUGGAUAGAGGGAGUUUAUGUCGUCCGUUUGGUGAAUGAAUGGGUAGCUAGAGUUUGUGACGUCAGUGUGGUGAAUAAAUGGGUAGCUAGAGUUUGUGACGUCAGUGUGGUGAAUAAAUGGGUAGCUAGAGUUUGUGACGUCAGUGUGGUGAAUAAAUGGGUAGUUAGAGAUUGUGACGUCAGUGCGGUGAAUGAAUGGGUAGCUAGAGUUUGUGACGUCAGUGCGGUGAGUGAAUGGGUAGCUAGAGUUUGUGACGUCAGUGUGGUGAAUAAAUGGGUAGUUAGAGAUUGUGACGUCAGUGAGGUGAGUGAAGAGGUAAAUUGAGUUUAUGUCGUCCGUUUGGUGAGUGAAUGGGUAGCUAGAGUUUGUGACGUCAGUGCGGUGAGUGAAGAGGUAAAUUGAGUUUAUGUCGUCCGUUUGGUGAAUGAAUGGAUGGCUAGAGCAUGUGACGUCAGUGUGGUGAGUGAAUGGGUAGUUUAAAAAAAAAAAGGAGUCGCAGUGCAUUAAUUGACCUUAUUUAUUACACACUAUUAUAAAACAUGAGAUAAAAUGCAUUAUGAUAGAUACCUUACAUUAAUGUGUUUCAACAAUCGAGUAUUCCCUUACCUAGGCACAUGGCCACCUACAUCAGAUGUUACGAGAGUGUUGUAUGCCAAUGUGGACUCUACCAAAAAUUUGAGAUGUACACGGCUGUGGCCAUGGCCAAAUACGCCUUCGACAUCAGACAAAAUUGUUCACGGUUCGCGGGUAAGCAGGAAUGUCGUCAUUUCACACACAACAAUGGCCUCACAUCACUUGUAAUUUAACAGACAACGGCUUCACCUCUGGACAUGUGAAUUUUUCUAGACCCAUGCACAAAGCACACGAUUUAAUAAACCUUCACAAGUGUUAAAUAACUUUGUUUGUUGCACUGGCAAACAUCCAAGUAGAGCAUUUAUAUUUUAUUUUAAGAAUUCAGUUUCACGUUUGUUGUGAGGAAUAUCUUAAACUGUUCGAACAAAACACCAUUAUUUUUUUUAAUUUAAAAAAACGUCCAUUGUUCUGAUUUAAUCUUUAUUAAAAGCACAGACUGAUUUCUUAUAAAUUCGCUUAUUAUUAGGAUAUAAGCAAAAAGACUAGAAUUGUGUAUUGCUAAAUUUUUCAAAAACAUUUGCUUGAUCGCUUAUUAUUUAUAUAGUUUACACUCAAGUUUUUUCUUUAUAUAAUGUUUUGUUUUGUUUGAAUUCUAUAGCCUCAAUAUUUAAUGAUGUUAUUCAAAUUGGAAUUUUUCCAUCUCAUCAUCUGAUUCAAUUUUUAGUUUCUAGUUUCAUUUCCCAACGAUUAUCCUUUAUCACCUUUUUUCCCCCAGGAGUCACAAUUCCCAAAACGAAUGGAUUCCCUUGCCCGGGUAAAUAUGUUGUAAAAAAUUUUUUUUAAGGAUUUAGUUAAUGAUUUAUAAUAACCUAAAUAACAAACAAACAAAUGGAUUAGUAAUAAAUGAGGAAAGGGUUUUGUUCCACGAACAAGAUUCUCUGCUUAGCUAUACCCCAUGUCUAAUCCAAGAACAAUGUGUGACCAAGUGGUUUAAACAUUAAGGUCUGAUACACAUAGCCAUUCAUAGUGAAGACAAGGUGACCAAGUGGUUUAAACAUAGACAAGGUGACCAAAGGGUUUAAACAUAAGGGCCUGGGACACAUAACCAUUCAUAGUGAAGACAGUGUAACCAAGUGGUGUCAACUUAACCAGUUGUUUUGAUCUCAAUUAUUAUUCAGAUAAGUUUUAUCUUGGGAACCCCAUAGUUUGAAAAGGUGUUAUGCUCAGUUCUCACGAUCAAAUUUUAGUCAAAUUUACGUAAAAUGUCAUGCAAAUUUGAUGGGAAUUUUACAGUUUGACGACAAUUUGAUCGUUUGAACUGAGCUUAACACCUAUUCAAACUUUUUAGGAGUUAGUAAAAAGUUACUUUCAACAUCAUGUUUAACUUUUUCAAAAGUUUGCAUCUAAUUUGCUAUCUACUUGCAUCUAAUGUGUUCUCUACUUGCAUCUAAUGUGUUCUCUACUUGCAUCUAAUGUGUUCUCUACUUGCAUAUAAUGUGUUCAGUACUAGCUUCUAAUAUGCACUCUACUCUCUUCAUGCAGACGAUAAGACGGUAACACCUGAUAAGAAAUUGAUAGCUAUGAACGCAAGCAAAGGUCAGUACUGGAGUUUUAAGAUUCGACAUUGUUACGGCUUGAUCUCAUAAUGUAAUUAGUGGAGCUCAUCACCACCGUGCAUUAGCGCAAAAACCAAUCUCUCAGAAUUAUACACAAAGUAUUGAGGUUUGCGUUUUCUAUUAAGUUAGAUGAGGUACAGUCCUAUGAGGUUGCCGAGUGGUCUAAAUUAGGCCAAUCUCAAGUUCAUGGUCUGGGGUGCAAUCCCCACCAAAGCCCAGUCAAGCAAUAACAUCACCAACACCACGGGUCGUUAACACCCGUUAAACUUGGAUGGCAACUCAUCUAAGGGAAGACAAUUCUGAAUUCAAACCCGGAGAUAAAGUCCCGUAGGUGGAUAACAUUGACACAAUGAAACAUUCCGACAACUCCUGCGACACUACUGGUGCUAGGCUGUAUCAUCCAGAUGAGGUUCCCUUUGGCUUUCCAGUGGCGAGUGGAAAAGCGAUUAGCUGUGUAGCUUAUAAAUCCUAAAAAGAAUAAUCCCAGGCCUUGUAGACUUCAUCUACAACAACGUCACAUUGUGAGAGGCGGGUACCAGAAACAUUCCUAUGACAUACAGAUAGUUUAGAUACAGUCCUAUGAGAUAGACUGACUUAUUUGAAACCAAUCACAAUGAAAGCUGAGAUAGCUUAGUCCUAUGAGAUAGACUGACCUAUUUGAAACCAAUCACAAUGAAAGCUGAUAUAGCUUAGUCCUAUGAGAUAGACUGACUUAUUUGAAACCAAUCACAAUGAUAGCUGAUAUAGCUUAGUCCUAUGAGAUAGACUGACCUAUUUGAAACCAAUCACAAUGAAAGCUGAGAUAGCUUCGUCAUAUGAGAUAGAAUGGCUUAUUUGAAACCUAUCACAAUGAAAGCUGAGAUAGCUUAGUCCUAUGAAAUGGACUGACUUAUUUGAAACCAAAGACAAUGAAAGCUGAGAUAGCUUAGUCCUAUGAGAUAGACUGACUUAUUUGAAACCAAAGACAAUGAUAGCUGAGAUAGCUUAGUCCUAUGAGAUAGACUGACUUAUUUGAAACCAAUCACAAUGAAAGCUGAGAUAGCUUAGUCCUAUGAGAUAGACUGACCUAUUUGAAACCAAUCACAAUGAAAGCUGAGAUAGCUUAGUCCUAUGAGAUAGACUGACUUAUUUGAAACCAAUCACAUUGAUAGCUGAGAUAGCUUAGUCCUAUGAAAUAGACUGACUUAUUUGAAACCAAAGACAAUGAAAGCAGAGAUAGUUUAGUCCUAUGAGAUAGACUGACUUAUUUGAAACCAAUCACAUUGAAAGCUGAGAUAGCUUAGUCCUAUGAGAUAGACUGACUUAUUUGAAACCAAUCACAAUGAAAGCUGAGAUAGCUUAGUCCUAUGAGAUAGACUGACUUAUUUGAAACCAAUCACAAUGAAAGCUGAGAUAGCUUAGUCCUAUGAGAUAGACUGACUUAUUUGAAACCAAUCACAAUGAAAGCUGAGAAAGUUUAGUCCUAUGAGAUAGACUGACUUAUUUGAAACCAAUCACAAUGAAAGCUGAGAUAGCUUAGUCCUAUGAGAUAGACUGACUUAUUUGAAACCAAUCACAAUGAAAGCUGAGAUAGAUUAGUCGUAUGAGAUAGACAGACUUAUUUGAAACCAAUCACAAUGAAAGCUGAGAUAGCUUAGUCCUAUGAGAUAGACUGACUUAUUUGAAACCAAUCACAAUGAAAGCUGAGAUAGCUUAGUCCUAUGAGAUAGACUGACUUAUUUGAAACCAAUCACAAUGAAAGCUGAGAUAGAUUAGUCGUAUGAGAUAGACAGACUUAUUUGAAACCAAUCACAAUGAAAGCUGAGAUAGCUUAGUCCUAUGAGAUAGACUGACUUAUUUGAAACCAAUCACAAUGAAAGCUGAGAUAGAUUAGUCGUAGGAGAUAGACAGACUUAUUUGAAACCAAUCACAAUGAAAGCUGAGAUUGCUUAAGCAUGAAUGCUGAUACAAUGAAAUGCGUUUUUCUGCUGUUUAUAAAAUAAAGUAUGGAUCAAUUAUCAAUCAUGGCAUUGAUUAUCCAAAGAAGAACAAUAAUUUAGAUAUCUUUUAACUUUAGAAAUCUUCCAAAUGUCCUAACAGACACAUUCUUUUUAAAUUUUCUGGGAUUAUGGGGAAUUGAUCUGUCGCAGCAUCAUAAAAUACAACUUAAAAUAUAGCUUAACAAAAUAAAUAUCACAAAGUACAACAUCACAACAACUUUGUCAUUGCUUGAUAGCGUGAUGGAUUGCAUGCUCUACACCCGGUUGUCAUAAUGCUAACACCGUCCAUUACAGAACAAUUUGCUGUCACUGAAGACGGUCUGUGCCCAGGCGUGGCCAAAUGCAUAGCCCAGUUCGAUCAAGGUGGAUCGGCAGCACUCAACAGUAAAGAUUUAGUCGCAAUAUGUAGGUGA